CUAUUACGAAAUCUCAACCACUCGCUCAUCCUCUUCUCUUUCCAGUCGUUUGCCAAUUCACCGAGACAAGCUCCUCGCCGUCAACUGACGAGAGAGAGAAUCGUAGGAGUUUGUGAUUCAUAUCUUCUGAAAUGAGAAUCGAGAAGUGUGUCAAUGAGGUGUUGCGUACUCAUAUGAAGAUAUAAGAAAAUAGUUGUGUCACCU